AUGGCGACGCAGGUUUCGUGCGGGGGUUCUGCGGUUGACAGCAGGGACCAUGGGCAUACGCCUGACGCCGAAGCGAGCAAAAACACUCCAAAAGAAUCGCUGGACUACGGUGACUUCACUCUGGCAGCCCUGACUUCCUCUCAAACCCAGCACUACUUAGAUUUUCUGCGCCUACGAACUCCGUCGAAAGCAGAUCUGCCGAGCCUGGACGUCCUCAUUGCAGCCAAUCUCGAGCGGAUACCGUUCCAGAGCAUCGACACAGUCUUCGGCCAGUUCGGUUCUCUGGAAGCCAGUGAAGUUUUUUCUAAGGUCGUGAAGGAAGGUCGUGGGGGCAACUGCUUCGAAUUGAACUCUCUCUUCGCGAGACUGUUGCUAUCGCUGGGCUACAAAGUUCAGGUUCGCUGCGCCAGGAUUCGCUGGGCGGUUCCAGAGGAUUCUCCGCCGACGCCGGUGGAUCACAUGGUGCUCUGCGUCAGUGUAGGCGUCGGAGAAGGGUCUGGUCAAGAAAGGCUGUUCUUGGUCGACGUAGGCUUCGGGGGACCUAGUCCACGGCGCGCCUUGCCACUCGAAGGUGACGCGAAGCCUUAUCGCCUUCGCACGCUCGAUGAUGAUUGGGCCAAGCCAAUCGAAGUGUCGAUCCUAACCACAGCUGGGCAAAGCUCCUUGUGGCUUCCGCUGUAUCACGUCUUCGCUUACUCGCACGAGUGGCCAGAUUUUAUGGAUAAAUCGUGGUACUUUGCCACGUAUCCAGGCGUCGUCUUCCGCGAUGUUUUAUCAGUCAGUCGUUACGAAGGGGACUGCUGGCUGACGCUCCGUAAUCGUCACUUCACUCGCCGACGCUGUACAUCCAGUGGGAUGGGAGUGGUGACUGAACAUCGUCUCAUCACGAGCACACGGGAUCUACUGUCUGUGAUCGAUGGUGAAUUCAAACUGAAGGUCGACCCAGACCUGGACGAAAAAGUACGCGUGCACUUGCAGCUUCCUUAA